UGCAAUAUUGCGGAUAAGCCAUUCGUGUAGUGCAAGCCACUAUGCGCUCACUUUGUGCACAUUUUGAGCAGCCGCUCGUGGCUUCUACAAGCAGGCCAGCGUUGCGACCGCCUUAUCUUAGGGCAAGUGGUCACUUAUAUGCUUGUAACACAUAUCGAUUACGUAAGCAACGCAUAGCGGGGCGUCGCGUGGGCUGCAGUGCGGCGGUUCAGGACGAUGUAGAUGUCGACUAUGAUGUGGCUAUAAGCCAGUUUCCAGCCCCUUCCGCGGGAACGUUUACGCCGGAUAGACGUGCCUUUAGCGAGGAACACAGGAUUCGGGGAUAUGAGGUCAGCCCUGAUCAGCGAGCGACCGUCGUCACGGUCGGCAAUCUGCUGCAGGAGAUAGCCGGAAACCAUGCGGUUGGCAUGUGGGGUCGCACCGACGAGGGCUUCGCCAGCCUUCCAGAUUACAAGGAUCUGCUAUUCGUGAUGACCCGGCUGCAAGUGCGCAUGUACGAAUACCCCAAAUGGGGAGACAUCGUGAAGGUGGAGACAUACUUCACGGAGGAAGGCCGCCUUGCUUUCCGCCGCGAAUGGAAGCUCACGGACGUGGCGACGGGCAAACUGCUUGGGGCGGCCACAAGCACCUGGGUCACCAUCAACACCGCCACCCGGCGACUCUCCAAGCUGCCCGACCCACUGCGGAGGCGCUUCCUGCGGUUUGGGCCGCCUAGCAGCGUGCACGUGCUUCCGCCGCAAGAAACCAAAAAGAAGCUUCCGGACAUGGUCAUGCCAGCUCAGAUCCAGAGCCCUCCCCAGGUGGCUCGGCGCAGCGAUAUGGACAUGAAUGGCCACAUCAACAACGUCACCUAUCUGGCGUGGGCCAUGGAGAGCGUGCCGGAGCACAUCUACAACUCCUACAAGCUCUACGAGAUUGAGCUGGACUUCAAGGCGGAAUGUACGGCGGGCAACUCCAUAGAGGCGCACUGCAACCAGCUGCAGGAGGAGCAGCCUGGGUCAGCCGGCAACGGCAACGGUAACGGCAACGGUGCGGGUGUGGAGCAAGUCAAGCUGCUGCACAUGUUGCUCAAAUGCGAUGACGGCGGCUGUUCGGAGCUGGUGCGGGCGCGUACCACCUGGCGGCAUUUCAUUUAGGUUUGGGUGCAUCUCGGGUGGAAGGGUGUGGGUGGGAUGGGGCGGUUUUGCUGUUUCGUACGUGCUGCUGCCUGGCUGCUCGUGGUGGCAGUGGUGCAUGUAUUUCAUCACGAUGGCGGAUUGCUCGGGUUUAGUGGCUGGCCACUGGCCAAGGAUUUCGGCUAAUGUGUGUUUCCCUGUUAUGGUUUGGGAUGGGAUUCGACUAGGAACGGUUUGUCGAUUGUUUGGCAGGCGUAUAAAUGGUUAUAUUGCUGGUAGGCGGGCGGCUGCUAGCCGCCCGAUUGAAGACUUCAACGCAUUCCUAUGGGCUUGCUGGCGGCUCCCUGUCUCCGUUUGAUUGCUGUCCCGCUUAAGUAUUCACCUGUUGUGUGCGCGAGAGCCGUUGGGUGUAUGUGAUCGCGUCUGAGAGAGUCCUACGAGAGCAGCAAAAGGGUUGUUUUGGCACCUUAUUAGCCCGAAACUGCGCUUAACGGUUAUUUUGAAGAUAAUUAUUUUGCAGAGGCAUGGAAGUUAACGUUUGUCUUCUUACGUACAAAACAGUGUCAUUGCUGGAGUUGUUUCCCUGUCGUCUUGUGUGUAUAGUUCCAUAGAUACGUGUAUGUCCCCAAGACAGCCAACUUGCUUUCGACUGCCAGCUUCGUCCUUGCACAUAAACAACAGAAACCUGGAUUGCGGCCCAUGCUGUGUACGAGUGCCACUCGCACACGAGGGUAAUAAGGUAUGGUUAGCUACGGCCCGUGAGCCCUCGUACGACAUGAUGGCGUAUUAUACGGUGUGAUAAGGGCUUGCGCCCUGCCCGAAGUAUACUCUUCCUAUACCUGACGGCGGAAGGCUUUUACCGGAGUCGUGUAAGAUCGGUCCUAA